AUGAUCAUCAAUGAGAAUUUGGAAUAUGCUGUGAUUGGAAAAAUUUCCUAUGGAUGGCCUGCAAUUCAAGAUUUAUGUAAGUUGAUCCCCAAACAAUGUGAGUUGAAAGGAGAGUGUAACAUUGGUCUAUUGAGCAAUAGACUUGUAUUGAUUAAGGCCAUGCUACUGGAAGACUACGUACAUUUGCUAUCAAAAUUGGCAUUUUACAUCACGCAACGGAACUGGUCGUUCCCAAUGCUAACAUUGAAGUGGGAUCCAAUGUUCAAUCCUAAGGAAGAAACGUCCACAACAAUAGCAUGGAUUUCCUUUCCGUCUCUUCCCCCAAUUUUUUUUGGAAAGAAAGUUGUCUUCUCCUUAGCAGCGGUUGUGGGCAAGCCAUUACAGAUGGAUAUGGCUACCAAGAAUCAGACGAGACCAAGUCGUGCAAGGGUGAAGGUAGAGGUACAUCUGUUAAGAGAGUUCCCAAAGCGCAUUAAAAUUGGGAUGCGAAGGAGUGAUGAAGUCAUGGAAAAAUGGAUUCGCAUAAAUUAUGAUUAUGUUCCAAAAUACUGUAAAACAUGUAUGAUCCAAGGUCAUAAUGAGCAGGAAUGCUAUGUGGAACAUCCGGAAUUAUAUCCAACGAAGGAGAAGGUUGAUCAAGUAGUGGGGAAGCAAUCUUACAAUACAUAG